GUCAGCGCUGUAAAGGCCCCGUGCCGCUGUUUUGUGCUCCCAGCCCUCCCUGUCAGGAGCCCGCGCCCCGCGCCCUGAACCGCAUUUUCUAGUCCGCAAGCCGCAAAAUGUGUGUAAACUGACCCCGGGACUCCGCCCCCUUGGUCGUACUUCUCGCGUGACGAUGGUACUGCUCUAUAUGGAUUCUAGCAAAAGGGUUCGGUAGGAGAGGAAGCAUGGUGAGCUCCAGCCCUCUUGCUCUGCUAGUCCAGCUGACCAUACUGGUCUCCAGUUCUCUUCAGGAGAAGGCAAAGAGGGAAGUGCCGACACAUCGACACGCAGCUGAAUGGCAGCAGCUAUGGUACUCCAACUUUGAGGAGUUCCAGAGACUUACUGAGCCCAGUUUCGACAACAAUACUGUGUCCAAUAUUACAGUCCAGUUAGGUGGCACGGCUUUCUUACACUGCAGAGUUCGUAACCUGGGCGAACGGACGAUUUCUUGGGUGCGCCGACGUGAUUGGCAUAUUCUCACGUCUGGGAUGUUUACGUACACGAACGAUGAGAGGUUCCAAGUGUUACAUGGCGAGGGUUCGGACGACUGGACGCUGCAGAUCAAAUAUGUUCAGAAAAGAGACAAUGGAACAUACGAGUGCCAGGUAUCUACGGGCACUGGAAUUAUGUCUCACUUCGUAAACCUCCAUAUUGUUGUCCCAGAGGCGUUUAUCCUUGGUAGUGGAGAACACCAUGUGGACGUCGGAAGCGUCAUAAGCCUGGUUUGCAUGAUAGACAAGAGCCCUCAGCCUCCUCAGUACGUAUUCUGGUACCACAAUGACCGUAUGAUCAACUACGACACUGCACGCGGCGGCGUCACCGUGGAAACAGAACCGGGGGCGAAGACCCAGAGCCGCCUCACGAUCAGGGAGGCUCACGAUACAGAUUCCGGCAACUAUACCUGCAGUGCAUCCAACACUGAGCCAGCCUCCAUCUUUGUCUUCGUCUCUGAAGGGGACAAGAUGGCCGCCAUAUCUCGCCGCAAGUCGUCCUCAGGGUCGGGUGUUGACGUCAUGCUUUGGUUCGUCAUACUCCCCCUGCUCGCUAUGGCCACCAGAUAAGAACGCGUGUAGUCUACCUUAGCUUACUGCGCACGCGCAAGGACAUUCAGUGCAGUUCAUAAACAAGUACUAAACUUAGUGAACCAAACUGCGGAUAACAUCACUAAGAUUGGUUCACUUCUGCGACAUUGGUAUUCUGUUAAUAAGUCUUGUUUUUCACAUUCGGCUGAAACAUAGUUUUUUGGUUAAAUAUCAAUAAAUUAGAAUGAGUUCUACCUCAAUAAUAGUUUCAUUAUUAAUUUACUCAGUGGGCAUUCAUUAAAUUUUUUGUUUGCAUUAAUAACUAUAUCUAUAUUAUAAUUUCUAAUUAAAUUUAAUAAAUCUAAUAACAGUAGGGAAGGUAACACAAAUGUGUGAUUUUCUAUUGAUUAGUGACUUAGUAAUAAAGUUAGAUAAUAUUAUUGUAAAUAGAUUUCAGUUAGGUAAUAUGUAAAGAUAUAAAGAUUUUCUACUGAUCUUUUAAAACAGCUGUUUGAAUUUCAUUAAUUAUAUAACAAUAUACAUCAAGCUGGAAUUGAUAAGAUUGAUAAAAAAAAUUUGAAACAGUUGGCAUAAUAGGAAGAAUCUUUGUGAAAUGUGGUAACUUCAGUAAAUAUACAUGGAUAUUAUAAACUAUCUACUAAGACUUCCAAAAAUAUAUGUAUUAAUAUAUCAUAUAUUUAUAAUUAUAGUAUUUAUUUUAUUGACCAUUUAUUUACUUAUUUUAUAUAACCAAUAUAUUUAUGAAUAUUUUAUUCUGGACAGUACAAGUAUAUAACUUCUUUUAUUAACAUAGUAAAUAAAAUACUAUGUAUCGACAUUUCUUGAGCUUGUUCAUUAAGGUAAGUAAAAUUUUCUUUUGGUAAUACUCUACUAUUGAAAUCCAGAUAGCUGUUUUUAAGAUGUCUACGAAUUAUGAAAUAUAUUGUAAUAUAGUAAAUUUUAAGUGCAAUAAAAUCAUUCGUCAAAUAGUAUUAUUUUGAAUGUAAUUACAUUCUAUAUCAAUAAAACAGGGUUACUAUGUAAAUAUACCAAAGAUAUUGUAUUUAAUUAUGUUUUAUUCAUCAUACUAUGUUGUAAUAUUUUAAUUAAUUAAGAUUCUAAAUUACAUUGAUCCAUAGUAUUAUUUUGUAAAACCUUUUAUUUGUUGCUUAAAACAAUGUAAUGUUUCAUUUUAAACCAGUUUUUGUUUUUUUGCUCCAUGUGCAUACUCUAUUUUAUGGUAAAAUGGUUCCGUUGUUUGAGUUUUAAUAAUGCUUAUCAACAAUAAAUGUUAUUCUUGGUAUACUGAAGAGCACCUUGUUUAAUUUGUAAUUAAUUGAUUUGUUUACUCUUAGUGAUUUGUACAUUUCUAUUGCCAAUGUUAAGGAAUUGUUAUGCUUAAUAAUAGUUUAAUAGGUUAUUUUGAUAGUUUAAUUAUGAAUUGCACACAACAUAGUGGGCAAACCUUAGUUCUUGGUACAUAGCUUGGCUCAAGACAUGUACAUUGGGUCGACGGACUUGACACUCCGAACGAGUUAUACAAGAAGCUCUCUCUUAUGUAUGUAAUUUUUAUACAUUGUACAUAUGUGAUAAUACGUAGUGUAACUAAAGUGUAAAGUGAACUUUUUCAGAUAGCAAUGAUUGAAAAGUUGGAAAAACUUUAUGGAUCGACUUAAACUUAUCAAAUACAAAUUUAUAUUCCUGAUUGUACUACAGUUAAGUUUCAUCUGUUUAUACUUUACAUUCUAUUUACAUAUAUUGUACAUACCCCCUUGUAAUGAUAUAUAGUAUCCAAUUGAGCUGCCAAUUGAUAUGGCUUGUACAUAUAUAUCAAAGUUUAAUUACAGUACUGACAGUGGUGUGUCGGCACACCACUACGCUGUAUAUCUGCACUUUACUGUUUCUUCUCUGACCAUCAAAGUUUUUCAUUAGGUUUUGUUUAAAUAAAUGUCUAUAUUUUAUUGGUUGUGUA